AUGGCUCUCUGCUGCUGCUCCCCCUGCAACUGCCGUCUGGCCCUUGCAGAAGACCUCAGACUGAUCAAAGAUGAUAGUCAAAAUUCUGUUGCAUUAGCAGCUGCUCCUGGCCAGCAGCUGACCACCAUAGACCAUGCGGAAGACGAUGAGGAUGGCAACAGUGGACACGUCCAGUGCAAGCUGCGAUGCAGGUCCUGUGGUCGCGGGGUUGGAGCAGCAACCAAGACCGGAAUCGCAGGAAUCGUGAUGGACUGCUUCAGCUGCAGCAAGACCAGAUUCAUAAGGUCAGACAAGCGCAAAAUUGCAACAAAGAAGUGGAAACUUGCCACUACGGAGCUUCUUGCAGCAGGCGUGCUGUCCAUAACUGAGGAAGAGCUGUGUGGCAACGAAAAGCUGCCAACGAUGAGAGGCACACCAGCCUUGCGUACUGCAUUUGUGGAUGAGGGUUUACUUAACGAUGAGACCCUGCAGCUUCUCACACAAUUCGAUCUCAGGGACUACCAGCUGGAAAUGACACGGGCCGCGCUGUUGACCAAUUCCCUAAUCUGUCUGCCAACCGGGACAGGAAAGACACUGAUAGCUGCGGCAGUGGUCCACGCUAUGCUGCGGGUGAAUCCUCAGAAGAUGGCCGUUUUCGUGGUCAACACAGUUUCCCUUGUUGAGCAGCAGGGAAGGCAGUUGCAGCAGCAGAUACCACAUAUAAAGGUGGUCACUGCACAUGGCCAGAUGCAGGAUGUGGAAGGACAGAAGCACGUAGCAAAGAUUGCCAGCACACUUCAGGCCGACGUCCUCGUCAUCACUUGCCAGCUGCUGAACAAUUAUCUCGAUGCUGAAGCUGUCUUGCGGAUGUGUGACAUCUGUUGCCUUGUCCUCGAUGAGGCCCACCAUGCCACUGGCAACAGCCCAUAUGCGACCCUGAUGACGAAGCACUAUGCGUCGGGUCUGUACCCAGAAGAGUGCCGCCCAUUGGUGACAGGCAUGUCUGCCUCACCGGUGGACAGCAAGGAAGGGAUUGGCGGCUUCCUUAGAUUUCAGGAAAAGCUGGUUCAGUUGAUGCAAACUGUGCAGUGCAAGCUCUGCGUACCGAGAGGCUCUGAUGUGAGCAGCUGCAUUCCUUUGCUGAAGACCUUUUCCUGCUUGGCGCCACCAUCCCAGAGGGAGAAGCAUCUGAAGCGCGACAUCGAUGUAUAUUUGAAGAACAUAAUGCGGAAAGUAGAUCAGCUAAGUGGUGACGAUGUUUUUGGGCGUGUUGCCUCCUCGAACAGCAAUCAAGCCAGGGUCAUAUGCAGAAAAAAGGCACGGGAACUGCGGUACAUUUGUAAUAAAGGCAUCGCCAAUCCCCACACGGAGAAUAUCGCCAAGGUGUUGCUGAUGCUGGACCACAUACAAAUUGUCCUUCAGGCCCAGGACAUUAAUUUCGUUGUUGGUGGGGCAACCGCGUCCAGAUACCUUCGGGAUGUCUUUGAGGAAAUUGGCGAGGGACAGAGGUCUGGCACACCAGGGCAGCGAGCGAAGUAUGAUUUGCUGCAUGUGGAGUAUAGGAGCCUGCUCAACGCCCUGAUCCAGGAGAAGCGAGCAAGCAAAUACGGUCAGGAGGUCAUGUCCAGCAAAUGCAAGAGGCUUGUAGAGGUCCUGUCCCAAUUCCUCGAUGAGAAGGAAGCUGGACGGGCCAUUGUGUUUGUGCGGAUGCGCAAGACGGCACAGAAGCUGAAGACGUUUCUGGAAAUGACACAGAAGCGAAUCCGGACGGAAUUGAACCCCCUGGUGCUUGUGGGACACGGUGUGCAUGGGGAUGGUAUGCAAUGGGAGGGGCAGCAGGACCUGGUGUUGGAGAGUUUUCGCAGAGGGACAACACGCUUGUUGAUAGCCACAAAUGUGCUCGAAGAGGGCAUCGACGUGCCAACAUGCAGUCUGGUGGUGCGGUUUGACAGCAACCUGUUCCUCCGUUCAUUGAUCCAGAGUAGGGGGCGGGCAAGAGCCAGUGGUGCCAAAUUUGUGCUAAUCUGCAGCUCCACAGAGCAGGAGGAGCAACUGCAGGAAAUGCUCAGGAUGGAGGAAUAUGCUAUGCAGUCAAUGCAAAAUGAGAUGGACAACAACUCAGCCCAGGGGCACAUGGGCAGAUUCCUUGCGGCACAUGAGCAUGUUGAACUCAAGGUGGAUUUGAGCACAAGCCCCCGUGGAGCCACACCUCCAGCAGAUCCGCUGCCAGAUGUUGCAGCAAACGAUGUACCACGCUGGGGUGUGGACGACAUUGACUUGGACACGUUGAAUGAUAACUGGAGAGAAGUGCAUGGGGAUGAGUAUACCAUUGGCAGCGACGAUGAGUAUGAGAUUGGUGACGAUGAUAUCGAUUAUGAUGAGCAUGCCUUGGCAGCAAUUGCUGUUUUCACAAAUCCUGUAAUCCGGCCAGAAGAUACAAUGACAUCGAGACUGCAAGGCACAUGUGUAGUGAUGGAUUGGCAGCAAAGGAAGCUGCAUGCAAACGAGGUCAUCUGCGCCAUCGAGCAGCAUGAGUUUUUGGUCAGGCCUCCUAUCAAUGCGAGCUAUGCAGAUGACCGUAAGCAGUUUGAGAGAGCCCUUCUGCAAAACUUCUUUGCAAGGGAGCUGGAUGAUGUGUGGCUGCAAAUCCGCAAGAGUCACUGCAAUAGGACCAGCAUGCUGCGACUAGAGUUGGCUAAAGUCUUGAUGGGCUCGUGGCUCGACCACCACCAGUUCAUCAGCCGGACCGAGCUUGCUGGUGCAUUCCGCCUCUCACUUGAUUAUUCAGAGCGAGAGAUGACCAUAAGUGUUGGUGAUGAGCACCUGCUGGAGUGCAGUUUUUGGGAGCUGCAAGACUUUGUUGUGAUUCAUGCAUCUGCAGACCUCAGGAAUGUGGCAAUACACCUAACUCUGCGCCACCCACCUCGUCUGUAUAUGUGUCUAGAAGCCAAGGGAUCCAACCUCCAGAUGAG